GAAAUCUCAAGAAAGCAAUUCCCAUUUCUUUACCCUGCAGUUGCUGCGAGUGUCCUCGCUGCCAGCACUCAGUCAGAGAUAAAGGUGGUGGCGGAGACGGACGUAAGCCUGCCCUGCAAGCACCAGCUGGGGCACCUGGACUCCAGGACUCUGGACAUCGAGUGGCUGCUGCAGGGUGCCGACCAGAGCCAGAAAGUGGUGAUCUCAUACACAGGAGGUCUGGUGUACGACAACUUCAACGACAACCAGAAGGGCCGGGUGUCCUUCGCCUCGGACUACCUGACAGGAGACGCUUCUCUCAGGAUCUCCGCCCUUAAGAUCAGAGACUCAGGCCAGUACACCUGCAAAGUGAAGAACGGGGGGCAGUACUUCUGGAACCCCAUCAGCCUCAUAGUCUUGGUCAAGCCUUCCAAACCCCGAUGCUGGCUUGAAGGGAAGCUGCUGGAGGGGAACGAUGUGACACUGGGGUGCGGGUCGGCCGAUGGCACCGAUCCCAUCACUUACAAAUGGGAAAGAGUCCCGAAGAACGGGAACAGCCAGAGCUAUCUGCCCCCACAGUCACGCAUUGACUUGCAUCACCCUGAAAUCGUCAUUCUGAGGAACCUGACCAUGGACAGUACAGGAACCUACCAGUGCACUGCCAGCAAUGAAGCUGGGCAGGACAGCUGUAUUAUCCAAGUCACUAUUCACUAUGUCAGAGGUGUGGGAGUGGUGGCCGGGAUUGUGGUGGGCGUUGUGUUCGGAGUCCUGUGCGUUUUAUUAAUCGUCUGGCUGGUCCUGCGCAAGAAAGAGAAGAGGAAAUACGAGGAAGAGGAGACACCCAACGAAAUCAGGGAGGACGCUGAGGCCCCGAAAGCUAAACUGAUGAAGCCAAACUCGUCCACCUCCUCCAGAUCUGGCAGCUCUCGAUCGGGAGCCUCCUCCACACAGUCCAUCGUGCACAACAGAGCCGCCCGCAGCCAGCGGCCCCGCCCUGCAGCCACCCUCAAGGAAAACGGAGAGCCACCCACCUACUCGCAGGUGGUGAGCAAGGAACCGGAGCCGGAGCCAGACACCGGCAAAGUCAGCGACGCCACCCUGGCAAGAAUGGGAGCCACCCCAGUGAUGAUCCCUGCGCAGUCCAGAGCCUUCCAAACAGUGUAGGAAAGACACGAAGCAAAGGGAUAAGGGUCCAGUAAUGGAAAUAUAACUCAGAAAAACAUGAGCAGGGAUCAACUGCAGAAAAGGGAUCAUUGUUAAUCUACAAAGAGACGUAAUAUUGCUCAAUGACGGAAAUAGGAACUGAAAUAAAGGGAUCAUUGCUAGACACUUUGAAGGGAUUUAAAAGGGAAUUCGGAAAACCGCUUGCCCUCAUCCCGUCAGCCCCAAAAGCAACUUACUACAGCCUUGUUGGAAACGGACAUACACAUUUCCAUUAAGUUUUAUUGUAUGAAUUUCCAUCAGUAUUAAAUCAUUUCAUGUUU